CUGUGGCUGGACUCAACUUUCAUAACACCAUCAGGAAGACGAACAGAGGAGCAGUUUGGGUUGAGGAAGAGAGAGGCAAAUUAUUUCCCAGGCAGCCGUACUGGUCCCUGCACAAGGUAAAAAUGGCUGCAGAAGAGAAGUGGAAAAGCUGGACCUCGAAACAGCACAGUGGGGCUGAGCAGGCAGGCGAAAAGGAAUCGUGCGUGCUUCUGAGCCGGCGGCUGGGGGAACCGGGAAGGUUCACUUACGCAGCGCUUUGUGGGAUAUCCUUAGCAUGGCUGUUCCCCGAAAAAGAGCAAAGCUCCUUCAGGAUGGAAUUCAUAGGUGGUUUGGUGAAAUGGCUGGACCUGCCUGAUGCUGUCUUACCUGCCAUGACAGCAUUUGCCAGUGGUUUAGGAGGUGAGGGCACAGAAACGUUUGCCCAGCUUUUGCUGAAGGAUCCCAUCUUGAAAGAUAAUCCUGUUGUCAUUAUCCAAGAUCUUUUGUCCUUCUCUCUUAGAGAUGGGUACUAUGAUGCUCGAGCAAGAGUGUUGAUCUGCCGCAUCAUCUGGCUGCUGAGAAUCCCCUUGGAGGAGCUGGAGGCCCUGGAGGAAUCGCUGCUUGAGAGCCUGAAGGAACAAAAAGAGGAAGAGUCAGAAACUGCAGAAGUUUCAAGAAAAAAGAAGGAAAGAAGAAAGAAGCUGAAGAGAUACCUGCUGAUCGGCUUGGCAUCUGUUGGGGGUGGAACAGUGAUUGGCUUGACAGGGGGUCUUGCUGCCCCGCUGGUUGCUGCUGGAGCUGCUACUGUUAUUGGAAGCGCAGGGGCAGCUGCUUUAGGUUCAGCUGCUGGAAUUGCUGUCAUGGCAUCCCUGUUUGGAGCUGCUGGAGCUGGCCUUACUGGAUACAAGAUGAAGAAGCGUGUGGGCGCCAUAGAAGAAUUUGAAUUCCUCCCACUUACUGAAGGAAAGCAGCUUCAUAUCACCAUAGCAAUUACUGGAUGGCUGUGCGCUGGCAAAUACGGGAGCUUCACAGCACCGUGGAGCAGCCUGCUGCAGUCGAGUGAGCAGUAUUGUCUGGCCUGGGAAUCCAAGUACUUGAUGGAGCUUGGCAACGCCUUAGAUUCCCUGCUGAAUGGCUUUGUUAACAUGAUGGCACAAGAAGCCCUAAAAUUUACUGUCUUGUCAGGUAUUGUCACGGCCUUGACUUGGCCAACUUCACUCUUGACUGUUGCCAGUGUCAUUGACAAUCCCUGGGGAGUGUGUCUCCAUCGGUCUGCUGAAGUUGGCAAACACCUAGCACAUACACUGCUCAGCCGACAGCAGGGCAAGAGACCUGUCACACUGAUUGGCUUUAGUCUGGGUGCCAGAGUCAUUUAUUUCUGUCUGCAGGAGAUGGCUCAAGAAAAAGACUCGCAGGGGAUCAUUGAAGAUGUGGUCUUAUUGGGAGCUCCAGUGGAAGGUGAAGCCAAGUACUGGAAAGCUCUCACAAAAGUGGUGUCGGGCAGGAUCAUAAAUGGUUACUGCAGGGGGGACUGGCUGCUGGGCUUUGUGUACAGAACCUCCUCCGUCCAGCUCAACGUUGCCGGCCUCCAGCCAGUCGACUUAGACGACAGGAGGAUGGUGAACAUGGACCUCUCGUCUGUAGUCAAGGGCCACCUGGACUACAUGAAGCAAAUGGACAUGAUCCUGAAAGCUGUGGGUAUUAGAACCAAGGAGUGUCGGCUGGAGGACAAGGGCGGUGCCGGACUUUUCUCCCCUCUAGCCAAGAAAUCACAGCCGGAAGCAGGCAGGGUGCUGCAGGAUCGGGCUGCCCAGCUCUGCGUGUCUCAGCGUCCGCGCUUCAGCUCUGCUAACCAGAAAGGCGAAAGGCUGAGGGUACCUGGCUUCCUUCCCCGUUCUGCUGCAGGUUUGCUGCCAUGGCUUGGGCACUUUCCAAUGGACAGGAGUGUUUCCCUAUCUGCAGGAUGAGGGUGAUGAGUAUGUGAGGCCUCCUUACUAUUAGAAACAUGCUUUGAGUCCCUAGGUGAAAGACAGCAGGAGAAACAGAGUGGGCUUUUAUGAUUUAUUACUUUGUGAAACUUCAUUCCAGGCUUUGCGAGCCAGCAACCCACAGAGGCUUUUGUUUUGUGUCCCACACACAUCUCCAGCCUCAAAAGCCCCCUCGAAACAUAUUUUUAAUUGGCUUAAAAUAAAACUAAUACUUGGCAUAGGAUAAACAUAAAUCUGUUUGAUUUCUGCCUCCUUCCAUAAAGCAAAUUGGCAUCCACUCUCUUCUCCCCCAGUCUCAGACCAGAGGGACGCAGCUUUAUGUCCCCUGCCAUGCACAGUUCCAAAACUAUGGGGUUGAUCUUCCACCACAUCUUCCCUAAAAGGUCCUUUUCUGGCCUAUUUUGCUGCGCAGCCCGAGACAAUGCAACCUAACAGGAAUAUGGCAAGAGGGUAAACCCCCUUCUGAGAACACCUUUGUUUUUUUCUAGGUUAAAACAAGUGCCGUUGUGUGUAAAUACUUCCCCACCUCCAGAUCUGGAAGGCCUCAUUGACUCACGGGAGGGGAAACAGUGCAAUCGCAGCUUCUGAUUCUGGUUCAUGGAGUCCUCCCUCUCCCUGCUGCAGCAGCUGGUUUGCUACCAACCUCUCCUCUCUUUCCCGAGCUUUCCACAAUCCUUACCUUCAGGUUUUUCGGGCAGUUGAGAUGCAGCUGCUUCUGGGUGCGGCACGGCAGCAGCGUGACCUGGCGGUGCUUUGGGUGCGGUGCCUGGCUCUUCCUUUUCCCCAGUCCUGCCACCGAGGAGGGCUCAGAGCUUCCAGAUUCCGACGCACGAUGGGCACGUUGCUGGGCUGGGGCUGUCGGAGGCAAGUCCUGGGAUCCCCCAGGGACCUGCCUGUCGCAGUCAGCUCUUUUGGUGUUGGCUGUAGGAAAGGGACACGAUUCCUCUACCGGAUCAGAUGAUUUGUCCACAAGCCAACGCCUUACUACAAAGAACUAGUUGGAUGAGAACGCUAUUGCUGCUUUUUAAAAUGUGGCUUGGAGAAGUUUUUUGAGAACACCAGAUGCAGCUGAAUUUGUCAUUGAGUGAAAUUCUGAACAACUUCUGCUCGUGGAAGGCUGUGAACAGCCUUGUUACAGAGUGCUCCUGGCAGCACGCUCUUCUUGUUCGUCUCCCAAAGCCUGUGUCUGUGGAAUUGGUUACUUGAGGGACCGGGGAGUCCAUCGCGUCUUCUUCUACUCUGGUUUAACUGGAGUUACAGCCCACGUGUGUUUUUAUAUACAACUAGUUGUGGACAGAUGUACACAUUCAUCUUCAUGCUUGGUACCAACACUAAGCUAAAUAUCUGGCCACAGAUAUAGGGAAAAAACCUAGUAACCAGUUUGAUACCUGAA